AUGGUGGGAUUAGAUGACGCUGUCCUGGAAGCCCCUCCUCUUCCAGAUGGAACUGUAAUGAGAUGGGCCAGGCCUGUCACCCUUCCUCUGUUUUUCUCCUGCUCUGGAGCAGGGGUGAGAACGGGGACCACACACUCUCAGCUCGGAGGGUUGUGGUGUGGAGCAUGGAGGCCCCGGAGGGCUGGUCCACCCCUGCCCUGGAGAAGAGGACAGCUCAUAGUCCCCGCCUCUGCCAGGGGAUGGGCAGGGGCAUGUCUUUGUGAGCAGGCCCCUCACUGUCUGAGGGUGCGCGGGCUGGGUCGGUCACCGGCAAUGGGCGGGGCGGCGGGCACCCCCCGCGGCCCGGGCCGGCCGGCCGCUCUGCUCUGGCUCCUGCUGGCCGUGGCCCCCCUGGAGCUGGGGGCGCCCCCAGCCGCGGCCGCCCCCCGCCCGACUGCAGGCGACGGGGGAGCUGACAUUUGGGGCACCACCAGUGUCUCUGUUGCAGGUGGCAGGGGGGUCUCCGCAGCGUGCGGGAAGCCCAAGGUGAUGGGGAGGAUCUCCGGCGGCCGGGACGUGGAGGCCGGCCAGUGGCCGUGGCAGGCCAGCCUGCAGUCCCGGGGUUCACACGUCUGUGGAGCCGUCCUCAUUAACUCCCGCUGGCUCCUCUCCACCGCCCACUGCUUUCUCAAGAAACCCAAAGCCCCGGAGAGCUACCGGGUGCUGUUAGGAAGCACCCAGCUGUACCAGCACGGCCCUCAGGCCCGGGAGGUACCCGUGAGCCGGAUCGUCACGCACCCGGACUUCGAGAAGCUGCAUCCCUUCGGGAGCGACAUCGCCAUGUUGCAGCUGCUCUCUCCUGUGAACUUCACCCCCUCCAUCGUCCCCGCCUGCCUCCCAGUCCCCGGCAUGAAGCUCCCCAGUAACUCGCCCUGCUGGAUAACUGGCUGGGGGAUGCUCAGCGAGGAAACUCCGCUGCUCGAACCCUUCCAUCUCCAGGAGGGUAAGGUGAGCUUCAUUGAGAACAAGUUCUGUAAUAUGUUAUAUGGACAUGCGAAAGGCAGAAACUUCUCUGUGCACGAGGACAUGCUGUGUGCCGGGGACUUCUCCACGGGAAAGUCCAUCUGCCACGGCGAUUCUGGGGGCCCCCUGGUCUGUGACUUCGCCAGUUCCUGGGUUCUGAUGGGGCUGGCCAGCUGGGGCUUUGACUGCCGACACCCCAUCUACCCCAGCAUCUUCACCAACGUCACCUACUUUACCGACUGGAUCAAUGAGAUCCAGAGACUCACACCCCACUCUGAGCCCACGUCUGCCCUUACACCGCCCCCUGAACCCACGUCCACUCCUGCACAGACCCAGGUUCCACACCAGUCUCUGCAGGCUGCCGGCUCGUCCACGCUGGGCACAGCCGUUGUGCCUCCACAGACCUGGCCCCUGGCAUUGUUCCUGCUCGGGACCCUGAGACAGGCCCUGUGGUGA